AUGUCUGCUGCCCCCACACUCGUUGCCAAUCCCAAUCCCACCAGCGCUGUUAAGACCAAAAGAAGUCCCGUAGAGUCCUUUCUGAUUGACUUGGCCGCAGGUGGUGUUGCCGGUGGUGUUGCAAAAACCGCAACUGCUCCAAUUGAAAGAGUCAAAAUUCUCCUCCAGCUUCAAGAUUCGUCAACCCAAAUUUCGGCAGAUAAAAAAUACACCGGUAUUGCCAACUGCUUUUCCAGAGUUUCAAAGGAACAGGGAAUUUUGUCUCUAUGGAGAGGAAACACGGCAAAUGUGAUCCGUUAUUUCCCCACCCAAGCCCUCAACUUUGCCUUCAAGGACAAAUAUAAGCAGAUUUUCAUUCGCUGGAACCGUAAGACCGAUCCGUGGAAGUUCUUUGCCGGUAAUUUGGCGAGCGGAGGUGCUGCAGGCGCUACAUCUCUUCUUUUCGUGUAUCCGCUUGAUUUUGCUAGAACUCGUCUGGCUGCAGACGUGGGUGUUGGUGCUAACCGCCAGUUCACCGGUCUUGGGCAAUGCAUCUCAUAUAUCUUUAAGCAAGACGGCUUGAAGGGGUUGUAUCGCGGCUUUGGUGUUUCCGUUACCGGAAUCAUUGUUUAUCGCGCAGCAUAUUUUGGAGGCUUCGAUACGCUCAAAUCGAUGAUUUUGAAAGAUCCCAAAAACCCACCAAUUUUCCUUUCAUGGGUCAUUGCCCAAACGGUCACAACCAUUGCAGGUGUUGUGUCAUAUCCGUUUGAUACCGUUCGUCGCCGUAUGAUGAUGCAAGCUGGAAGGGAAAAAAAGCAAUAUUCUUCGACCUUUGAUUGCUGGAAGAAGAUUGCCUUCACAGAGGGACCAAAGUCAUUCUUCAAAGGUGCCCUCUCAAAUGCUCUUCGCGGUUCCGGCGGUGCAAUUGUUCUUGUUCUUUAUGACCAAUUCCAGAAAUACUUGGGGUUUGAAGGCGGCGCUGGUGGCGAGUAG